UUGUUUGACGGAAAGAGCACGGAAAUCGGAAUUUCAUUUAACCAUUUUUUAUUCUGUCAAUGUAAUGGUGGUGGUAGCUGUGUAGUGUAAUAGAACAUAAUUGAAUAAAAAAAACAAUUUAUUUUAAAAGAAGACGUACCUAUCCCGUGUACUAUAUUGUAUAAUUAUUGUGUCAUUGUUGUUCUCUGUGCAAUUGUUAUUGAGUUGAUUAAUUGCAGAGCUAUGCACACGCAGCCCGAGUGACGCAAUGAUGCGGCCGAAGCCAUGAAACACUACCCCAAUGGUCACAUGACAUUGAACGACUACUUUAUGAUGUACCUGGCGAAAUGGAAGCGUGUCGCAGUCGUCUUACUGGUCAUAUGGAUCGUCGUCACUUACCUAGUUAUAUCGCCACUCAGUGUUUUCAGAUGCAACGGUAGCGCAGACGAGGCUCCGGAGUUCCAGGAGAGGUUGAAACGUGUCUCCUCACAGCUGGAGACGCUUAGACACCAGCACAACAAUCUCAUAGCACAGAUCAGAAGAUCAUCAGGACUAAACGGCAACUUCAAAGACAUUGACACAGGGGCCCUGUUCCUAAACGCGGGCCAGGGUCCCACAGAAGAGUACGAGAACCUCAGGCGGAGGAUACAUUCCAAUACAAAGGAGCUGUGGUACUACGUGAGCCAUGAGCUGGGCAAACUGAUCCACGAGGAGAAUAAGGAGGAGAAGAUACAGGCGAUACUCGACCAAGUGGCUGACAGGAAAAGAUCGUUAAUAUCUGACGAAGAGAAGCUGCCGGAGUUGGACGGGUACCAUGAGUGGCGGCAGAUGGAAGCGGCGAACGUCUCCGACCUGGUGCAGCGGAGGCUCCACUACCUGCAGAACCCGCCCGACUGCAGGGAGGCCAGGAAGCUGAUAUGCAACCUCAAUAAGGGCUGCGGUUUCGGUUGUCAACUGCACCACAUAGUGUACUGCCUCAUAUUCGCAUACGCAACGGAACGCACCCUUAUCCUAAACUCCAAGGGAUGGCGGUACAACACAAAGGGAUGGGACUAUGUGUUCUAUCCCAUAUCGGACAGUUGCACCUCCGCGUAUGACGACAAGGUGGUGCAGUGGCCAGUAUUGUACGACGCGAAGGUGGUGUCGUUGCCGUUCAUAGACUCUAUAUCGCAGAAGCCAAAGUUCUUGCCGCUCGCCAUACCCAAAGAUUUGGCGCCCAGGAUAGUAAGGUUUAACGGCGACCCGUCGUCGUGGUGGAUCGGUCAGAUGCUGAAGUACAUCCUGAAGCCGCGCGUCGCCAUGCAGAAGGCGAUCAACGAGACCAUCGCUAAGAUGAACUUCAAGACGCCUAUAGUUGGUGUUCACAUAAGGAGAACGGACAAGGUUGGCACGGAGGCGGCGUUCCACCACAUCCACGAGUACAUGGCGCAUGUGAAGGACUACUACGACCAGCUAGAGCUCACGCGGACUGUCGACGCGAGGCGCGUCUAUCUCGCCACCGAUGACGCUAAUGUAUUAGAAGACGCGCGCAAGAAGUACCCGGAGUACACGUUCCUGGGCGACGCGUCCAUCGCGAAGACCGCGGCCACGCACCGCCGCUACACGCCGCUGUCGCUCACCGGCCUGCUCGUCGACCUGCACAUGCUGGCUAUGUGCGACUACAUCGUCUGCACCUUCAGCAGCCAGGUGGGUCGCGUCGCGUACGAGAUGAUGCAGACGAAUCGCGUAGACGCGUCCAACAGCUUCUUCUCGCUGGACGACAUCUACUACUUCGGCGGACAGAACGCGCACGACCGCGUCGCCGUCAUGUCCAACACCGGCGGCAAGAGCCAGGAUAUAUCGUUUGAGGCGGGUGACAGAAUCGGAAUCGCCGGUAACCACUGGAACGGUUACGGACGUGGGACCAAUAAGAGAACUAAUGUGAAUGGUCUAAUCCCGUGGUACAAGACCGCGGACCACCUAGUGUUGUACCCGUUCCCGGAGUACAAGCAGGUACCCCAGUACUCCGACACGCGGCAAAAGAACUUAUAGACCUUGCUCAACACGCACACUUGACCAAAACCUAAAAAUAAACCCGACUUACGUUUAUGCUCUGUGCAGGGUGAUACUAUGAGAAUAUCGAUAAAAUUGGUUUUAUCGAUUUUUGUGUCGCAAAUGAUUGGAUAAAUGACAAUUUUAAAAUUUUAGGAAAUUAGUGAAUUGCACCUUUCCUAUCUUUUAACUCUGCAGGGUAUUGUUUUAUGUUAGGCACGUCCUGGAAUAUCGAUAAAAUUGAUUUCAUCGCGUUUGUCAUGGUUGAGUAGAAGCAUAUUUUAACUGAAAAAAAUAGCGAUACACAUUAUUAAACUCAGUGCAGUAUUCAUUUGGGUUUCAGUACAUUUUGGGAUAGCGAUAGAAUUGUUUUUAUCGACUUUUUUUGUCGUGGAUAGUAAUUAUUCUCCUUUAUUUAUCAAGAAGAAAAAUUAAUUUAGUUUGCACAUAAAUGUGUUCAAGUUGAUAACUUUUCGGCACUGUUUCGCACGAAUGCGAUUAUAAUGUUUGUUGGAGUAUUUGUGAAUAACUAAAAAAGCUCGUUAUGAAAAUUGUAUAUUUCCAAGAGUGACGUGCUGUCUUGAAAUUUCUAAACGCUUUCGCCUUAUAUUGAAUAGCAAAUCGCUAGUUAAUAAAAUUAAAAUAUAUCCUGCGUCUGUGCAGGGAUAACGUUUUUUCUGUUUGGUGAUAUUGAUGUGUCACAAAAUGAUUCUCUGAAAGAAGUUUUUAAUCAAACUUUCUGAUCUCUUCCACUAAUUUAUUGCUCAAAAUGGUUAUUUUUAUAUUUUGGUCGAGUUUUGCUAGACUAUUGCAAUGUAAAAGUGCAAUUUUAUCUCGAAUAUGGGCGCGGAACAGGUUCGUUCAUAUCUAAAGUUUUGUAGAACAGUUCAACUUUAGUGCUAUUAUAGCAAAGAGCCGUGUGGGGGGGAAAUAAUAUACUUUAAUUUAAAAAAAUAUAUUUAAUUCAGCAAAUUCCAGUACAAUAUAGGUAACAACUUUAGAUAAAAACGGACUAAAAUUUUUCGGUGGUUCAUAAUUAUACUCAUUAUUAUAAGUUGAAAAUAUUUGUCGCAAUAUAAUUUAUGUGCAAAUGGUGUAUAAAUUCGUCUUAUUUGUUUCGCGACAAAAUCAUAUUAUAAUGUUUUUUUUUUAUCGCAUGUAGGAACACCAAUUUGAAAUUACGUUAUUAGUCUCAUUUCUAAAUUCGAUUUAGCUAUUGAGCUUUUAAAUAAACCAGGAAAGAGAUUAAUUUGGAAAAUUUAUUGUAUAUAUUUGUUGAUGCAUAAAUGACACGAUAUCGACAUUAUAUUGUUGCUAGCACAGUGUAAGUAACUUUUAUAUGGAGAAACAAUAGUAUCAAAGGUAGGAAAUGUUUCAAAUUGGUGUCCAAGAUGAAACAAAUCUCGGGACAUAAUUAUAAUUUACAAAAAUAGCGUGUAUGUGUUAUUAUUUUUGUUAUAAAUAAUGUUUUAAGAUUUAUUCCGAGGUUCGGUUUUAAUUCUUUCUAUUGUGGUGUGAUAUUGCUCUUCGUAUAGUUAAAUUAUUAUACUGUAGUUAAUUCGUUAUUUAUUUCAUCGUAAAUGAAGUAUGGCCCCGCAUAGAUAGUGUUAAAAUGUUAUCGGUGGUAAAAUCGUAGCAUAAUAGUUUUCAUCGGUACUAGUUUUUUUCUAUUCUAAGUAUUUUUGAAUAUUUGAUGGAACAGUAAUUUAGAUAUAGUUAUUUCAUACUUCAAUUUUCCACUUUUUAUUCCGAAGAGAUUCAAUUUAUGUCUUGUAUGUUUGUUUUUUUCGUGUCAUAAAUAAAAAAGCCUUAUAGACAUUAUUCAAAUGCCUAUCGACCAAUUACUGUAACCGAUCCCUAUAUUUAAUCGAUCCAAAGGUCUUGAGAAUCGAAAUGAAAUAUCAUCUGUAAAAAAUGUCAAAGAAAUUGUAUGCCGAUUGGUUUAUUAUUUUAUCGUUAUUGUUAAUCUAUUUAUUUCAUGUUCGUUAUAUUGUAGAUACCAAUGCAUUGUUUAUUGAAAUCGGACGUAAGAGAUUCUAAGUACAUUAUGAUCGAUUAACGGAGGGACGUAUGACUUUCGAGAUUCGACAAUAUUCCUCAAUCGAGUUGUAUCGUCUGAGUCGAUAAAAUUCCAAUUUGACGUAAAUAACAUUCCAUUCAUUAUGUUCCUCGUUCAUUUAUUUAUUGGUUUUAAUGCAUAUUGCGCACAAAUGAUUGGAUACCUUUUGACGUAAUGAUAUGGGUUGCCAUCUUUAAAAAAGUAAUAAGAUAAGAAAAACAUACAUUGGUAAAAUAAUAUUAUUAUUGUGUUUAGUUUUUUCGUCGGCUCGUGGCCUUGAAGAAUUAGAGUAAGGGACAACUAAUUGCAUUGCAUUUUAUCCAGUUUAAAUUAAUCAAUAACACGUAAUAAUUCAAAAUGACAUUUAUUUUUAAAGCUGGCAAUUCCGAAUGGACUUUUAUUUGCCAUUAUUAUUAAGUAGCCAUCUUUACUAACGGCUGACAAUAAACCCUUCUAUAAUAAGUUUAAGAACGGAGUUCGUAAUAAACAUCAAUUGUAGAUCAAUAGCUAGUUCAAAUAGAUAAACAAAAGGGCGAUUGCAUUAAACGAUCCCAAUCCCUGACUGCGGAUAGAUGGUUGGAAUAAACUAAUCAAAAGAACUCAUACGCAAGCGUGUCAAACUUUAUUCUGAUUGGCCCAUUUUCACUGUCGAUUCGAAGUAGGAGUCGGGAUAGCUAUUUGUGAUCGGCCAUGAAUGACGUACGUACCGACGCGAUGUUUGUCACAAAAUCUGAUAUUCUUAUGAAUACUGUAUGGCCUAUACGUGUUGGAGAUUUGCGGCAGUCAGUGUUUCAUGUCAGGGCAAACUAGAUGGCGUUGUUUGGGUAAGUCACUUGGAGAUGUUAUUUCAUUUACUUUUUUUUGAACUACCUUAUGUUUUGGGAAUUUUACCAAAUUUAAUUUUUAAAUAUAUUAUUUUCAUUUUUACACAAUUUGUGUUAACACGAAUCUACAGCCGAACAAUUAGCCGCCGCAAAGGAUGUUUACAGUAGUUUCCUGAACGAACAAUCAUGCAAUGCAGUGAAAACUGUUUAAUAUUCUUAUGCAUGUGUUGAUAUUAAUGCGCUAGUGAAAGUCAUCACGUUUGUCAUGUAGCGACUAUGUCAUAUGUUAUGACACGUCAUGUCACUGGCAAAAGGUUUGACAAUAUUUAUAUAAGUUAUGCAGUUGGAUGUAUGAUUUGAGAGGUUAUAAAUGCUUGUCAUUGUUUUGAGGUUAUAAAGCAGUUAAAAGGUUAGACAAGUCCUUGAGGUAUCCAUGCAUGCUUGACAUGUUAGCCGGCUAACAUGACAGUUACGCGUUUAUUAUAUAUUUUAUUAUUAUAAUAAGAUUAUUAUUCCGUGACACGCGUAACUGUCAUGUUAGUCGGCUAACAUGUCAAGCAUGCAAUGGCUAAUGAUAGGUAGAACUGAUAGAUACGAAAUCAGUAAUUUUGAGAAAUAAAUGUAUACAAAUGAGUUUAUAACUGACUGCCGCAAAUGUUGCCAUGUCAUAAAAUUAUUUUCAUUGUAUUUAUUAUGUGUGUAUAUUAUGUUAGAUGUAUUUACACUUGUAUAUUGUGCACGUUUGUAUGGAUGAAUUAAUUUUAUAAGAAAAAAGUGUAAUCGGACACAAUUUAUACAAAUAUAAUAUUUAAAAUUGUUACACACAGCAAUAAAAAUGUAUCGAAUAAGAGUUGUAAAGCUUGUGAAAAUUGUAUGUCAAGAUUUUUAGAAUUAAUUUAUUCGGUUUUCUAUCUCAUUUGAUAUUGUUUUUUAAAGAUCUGAAAUAUUGAAAUUAUUUUUAAAUUAAACUAAAGUCAUAAUAUAUUUUAAAUCGGCGAAUAUACUGUAAAGAAGAGAUCUGACGUUUAUUGAUUUUUUUAUUGUCUGAUACAUUAUCAUUGCUCCUGAACUAAACAAUAAUUGAAAAGGAGUAUGAAAAAAUAAUAAUCUUUUUAUUUUACGAAACAGUGUUGAAAGAGAAAUAUAAAGUAAAAUUUUUGAUAGUACAGAAUAACAUCUGCAAUUAUUUAAUUAAUUUUGCUCAUUAAUUAUGUGUUUUUUGUGUGUGAAUCUAUAAUUUAGGAAUGGUAACUUGGCAUUUUUUAUCGUUCAACCGUCUGAAAUGCAUUUAAUACAAUAAUCAUUAUAAUGGACAUGUAAUAAUUUGUGUAAUCAGGACUUAUGUAUUUAUCCGAAUUGCUAUUAUAGAAAAACAUAUACAACACACCGUGAUACAGUAUAUUUUUAAUACUUUCCAUAUGAUUUUUAAUGAUAUUUAUUUUUUAUAGAAAUAUGACGCAUGCAGGGAUGUAAUCAUGGUAUUUUGAAUGUGUCGUCUCAAACAAACUCUAGAAUUACGUACGUUUUAAAACAUGAUUUUAAAAUACAUGUUAAUAGUAUUAAAAACCUUUUAUUGAAUAUUUUCCCUGCAUAUUAACACAUUCGGUGUCAAAAAAUGCGUAAACUUUCCACAUAACGCCCGAAAAAGCACAGUGUGUGUUAAACAUAUUUUUAUACUUAAAUGAUUUACAAAAUCAAUUUUAUGCACAAUAAACCAUACAGUUUAAAGUAUUUUUUUACUAGUUAUGUGUAAUGUUACCACAUUUUCUGUUUGUUGUCAAGUUGACGCCGUUUGCACGUAUGUGAAAAUGCAAGAGCUUCGGCACAAUGUAACGAUGUAAAAUGGACCUAAAGUGUAUAUAGCUUUAUAUUAUAAUGUAUAUAGAAAGGAAAUAUAAAUAAACAGUGGUGUGAUGAUGGUU